AUGAGCGUGCAAACAGAUUCAGAAAAACGGAAGCAAAUUUCCGUUCGUGGUAUUGUUGCAGUUGAAAAUGUAGCUGAGGUGAAAAAGGCAUUUAAUCGGCACGUUCAUUAUACAUUGGUGAAGGACAGAAAUGUUGCUACCCCAAGAGACUAUUAUUUUGCCCUGGCGCACACCGUCCGGGAUCAUCUUGUUUCUCGCUGGAUUAGAACGCAGCAAUAUUACUAUGAGAAAGAUCCUAAGCGUGUUUACUAUCUAUCCCUGGAGUAUUAUAUGGGCAGAUCUCUCCAGAAUACCAUGAUCAAUCUAGGUAUCCAAGGUACUGUAGAUGAAGCUCUAUACCAACUUGGUUUGGACAUUGAAGAACUUGAGGAGCUUGAAGAAGACGCAGGUCUCGGUAAUGGAGGUCUCGGACGACUUGCUGCCUGCUUCCUUGAUUCAAUGGCCACAUUGGGUCUUGCAGCUUAUGGUUAUGGUAUUAGGUAUGAAUACGGUAUAUUCGCUCAGAAGAUAGAGAACGGGGAACAGCAAGAGGAGCCUGAUGAUUGGCUCCGUUAUGGAAACCCAUGGGAGAAAGCUCGACCAGAGUUCAUGUUACCGGUCAACUUCUAUGGCCGUGUGGUCGAUACACCUCAAGGGAAGAAAUGGAUAAAUACACAGGUGGUGUUCGCUAUGCCAUAUGAUAACCCAAUCCCCGGAUACAAUAACAAUGUUGUAAACACGCUGCGUCUGUGGUCUGCGAAAAGUCCUAUCGAUUUCAAUCUAAGAUUUUUCAAUUCGGGAGAUUACAUCCAAGCGGUGCUAGACCGUAAUGUUGCUGAGAACAUUUCAAGGGUACUAUACCCUAACGAUAACUUCUUUGAGGGUAAAGAGUUGAGACUUCGCCAGGAAUACUUCAUGUGCGCGGCCACGCUUCAAGAUAUACUCAGGAGAUACAAAGCAUCUAAAUUCGGAUCUCGUGAGGCUGUGAGAACGACCUUUGAAAGUCUGCCCGAUAAAGUUGCGAUACAGUUGAACGACACCCAUCCCGCUCUGGCUAUUCCAGAACUUCUACGAAUCUUGAUCGAUGUUGAAAAGGUUCCGUAUGAAGAAGCCUGGGAUCUUGUGGUGAAAUGCUGCGCUUACACCAACCACACAGUACUGCCUGAAGCUUUGGAGAGGUGGCCGUGUUCUAUGCUGGAGAAUGUUCUUCCGAGGCACAUGCAAUUGAUAUAUCACAUCAAUUUCAUGCAUCUCAAAGAGGUUGAAAAACGUUGGCCGGGUGAUAUGGACCGUCUACGACGUAUGUCCCUCAUUGAGGAAGAAGGAGAAAAACGUGUCAACAUGGCCAACCUUUGCGUAGUCGGUUCACACGCUGUGAACGGCGUGGCCGCUAUACACUCUGAUAUCCUCAAGGCAACCAUCUUCCGUGAUUUCUACGAGAUGUGGCCCGAGAAAUUCCAGAACAAGACCAAUGGAAUAACUCCUCGUCGUUGGCUCCUGCUAUGCAACCCUGGUCUGUCUGAUCUCAUUUGCGACAAAAUCGGUGAGGAAUGGACCGUACAUUUAGAUAAACUCCAAGCUCUGAAACGCUGGGCCAAAGAUCCGGCUUUCCAGCGAGCUGUAAUGAAAGUUAAACAAGAAAACAAAUUGAAGCUGGCCUCUCUCAUCGAAAGAGAUACCGGUGUGAAGAUUAACGCUGCGUCCAUGUUCGACGUUCAAGUUAAGCGUAUCCACGAAUACAAACGUCAGCUCUUGAACAUUUUGCACGUGAUCACCCUGUAUAACCGUAUAAAGCGUGAUCCUACAGCACCUAUAACCCCAAGGACUGUGAUGAUCGGUGGCAAAGCUGCGCCUGGUUACUACAUCGCAAAACAAAUCAUCGCUCUGGCUUGCGCUGUUGGCAAUACUGUAAACAACGAUCCAGAUGUAGGUGAUAAAUUGAAGCUAAUCUUCUUGGAGAACUAUCGUGUGACGUUAGCUGAGAGGAUCAUGCCGGCCGCAGACCUCAGCGAACAAAUCUCAACCGCGGGGACAGAAGCCUCCGGUACUGGAAAUAUGAAGUUCAUGUUGAACGGAGCAUUGACCAUCGGCACUAUGGACGGAGCUAACGUGGAAAUGGCAGAAGAAGCCGGGGAAAACAACAUGUUCAUAUUCGGAAUGAGAGUCGAUGAUGUUGAGGCUCUACAGAGACGAGGUUACAACGCCUAUGAAUACUACGAGCGCAACCCUGAGUUGCGUCAAUGCGUUGAGCAGAUCCGCAGUGGAUUCUUUUCACCAGACGAGCCAGGGAAGUUCGCUCAUGUGGCCGGUGUGCUUCUGAACCACGACCGUUUCUUACAUUUCGCUGAUUAUGACGCUUAUAUUGCCGCGCAAGACAAAGUUGCUCGUGUGUACCAGGAUCAAGCCAAAUGGGCUGAGAUGGUGAUAGAAAACAUCGCUUCGUCUGGAAAAUUCUCAUCUGAUAGAACUAUUGCUGAGUACGCUCGGCAGAUCUGGGGAGUGGAGCCCUCGUGGGAGAAGUUGCCCGCACCACAUGAGACUUAG